AUGUCAACAUUGACAAUGCUUUCCUUGCAGAAUGCAAAACAGGGCCAAUUAUCCCAAAAUAUUCACAGUGCAACCUCAAACAAUCCUGAAAAUUUUGAAAACGAAAACUCCUCGGCCGUUUUAAAGUUAACCCCCAAUAUAAUUAAUAAUAACCUACAUAACUUGACUAACUUUAACUCGCAGAAUCAACCAGCGUUUAACGCGUCGCUUUCUAACCCGCUUUACUCUUCAAUUUCAACAUUCUCCGAGCUCCAGUCGUCGAGUUAUAAUGAGUUCAACAGUCAUCAACUGCCAAACGAAAGUUCUCCUCCGAAUUGCAAUGAAAGUCAAGUUGAUCCUCCAAUGCAACAAAAUCCAGGGUUCCCACAGAAUCCGAUCAAACAACAUAGUACUGAAGAGCACAACACUGCGUACCUAGAAAUGGACCCUGCUACUGAUAAAAUGACGAAUGCCUCAAAUGAAGCCCAAAAUGGUAUCUUGGAUACCACGGAACAAGCAUCUUUGAUUGACAAAGAAAACAACAAUUCGGACCAAAUGAUAACAGAAGAUAACGAAGAGUUGAAAAAGGACGAAGGGGAGAAAGGAUGUAAAAAAGAAGCAGGGGUCAAAUCGGAAGGUCAAAGUUCACCAGCUAGUGUGAAAUUAGAGCCCUGGGAGGUGGACUCAGCAGUGAAGCCUCCAUUCAGCUAUGUGGCCCUGAUAGCAAUGGCAAUUAAUGAGUCAGAGGAUAAGAGGCUGACUCUAAGUGCAAUAUACGAGUUCAUUGUCAAGAAGUUCCCGUACUACAACGUGAACAGAAAAGGAUGGCAGAACAGCAUUAGACACAAUCUGAGUUUGAACGAGUGCUUCGUCAAGAUCCCGAGAGAGGGUGGGGGAGAAAAGAAGGGAAACUUCUGGUCACUCGACCCAGCGUACGAGAACAUGUUUGAGGGCGGAAACUACAGACGCAGGCGUAGAAUGAAACGACCUUUCCGCACUCUUCCUUCAUUGAGCUCAAGAACAGCGGCAGCUUACAUCACACACGCAACUGCAGGUGCAAAUCACCACGGGACACUUCAUGGACACAACCCAAACACCGCAGCCUUCAUUCACAACCCAUAUGCACCAAGUAUACCCUCUUCUCCGAAUUCAAAACACAGAUACCCUGGAAGUACAGCAGCCGCGUUUAAUUUCGUACACCCCUCCUUCCCCUCACACGCUAGUGUGUCGACGGGAUCCGCGAUAGCGAAUCAUCCGCAGUUCGCGGCAACAGCAAGUGCAAUGACCUCCCAUCCCGGGAUCCACGGAUUCCCAUCGUCGGCAAAAGGAAUCGCGGGAGUCUAUGAUGCGGCUGCUUCUAGUUUUAAUACAUUCACUGCCAUGCUCUCUCAAAAUGGUUUUCACCCCUCAGUGCCUUCAGCCGCUGCAGCAGCGAUGUACCAAAAUCACUCUGGAUAUUUCCAAGUUAGCCCAAAUUCACCCCCUGGACUGGCCCAGAAAAUGUACUAUUCAGGUGCCAUGGGAAACACAUCGAACCCUACAGCCGCGUAUUACCCGUCUAUGAAUAAAUAUAUGGAUGACCCGUUCGGAAACGCACAUGGCUAUAAUAAUUUUUACCAAAACUCGUACGCAAAUUCGGCAGCUAAUUUCAUGCAUAGUAACAAUUUAAGUCCUUCAGUUUGCGUCAAGCAGGAAUGAUUGCAUUAGAUGUUAUCGCUUUUUAUUUAAUUGACUCAAUUUUUGAUAAAUGAUAGACUUAGUCAAAUUAGUUU